AUGUUUAAACAUCCCAUGCCCACUUGCCAGCUCUGUGGCAUCGGCUUCGAGACGGGCCGGAUACGAACGCCGGCAGAGCCUCGCGGUGCAGGCUGGCACUCGCGGGGCCCUGCAAGCCUGGGAGACUUGAGAGGUUUUCUCCAAGGUGAUGGAGAUUUUGGCAGUCCCACCCUGAGCCACAUGGCAGACGGAAGAGAUCGUCUCUGUCCGCCAUCGGCUGGGUGCAUGGUGGACAAACGGUGGAAGAAGGGCACUGAACUUUUAGAUGCCCCAGGACUCGUGGAUAACUUUUUUGACAGAGAAGUGGAACCUGGUCCCCAAGGUGACUACUAUGAUGCUUAUGUUUCCGAGUCUUCGGAAGAGGACGAUCCAUAUGAGUACGACUCAAACUAUGAGAGCGACUCCGAGAGCAGCGUCACAUAUCAGAGCGACGCAGACACACCAUCUGUGUUGGCAAAUACGAAAAGCUCUGCGUCACCUAUUCGUAGUGACUCCCCAGCCACAGUCCAUUCCCAGGCCUUGAUACCGGUGCGCGACAAGGUAAUGGUAAAUUAUGAAUACGAAGAUUUCAAUUACGAACACAUCUCUGGAGGCCCCAAUUGCCAGUGGAGGGUCGACCGACGCUUGGUCUUUAAUGGCCAUUUUAUUUCCGCCGACGAGAUGCGCGGAUGUAACACGGUCCAGUGUUUUGUUGCAAAGUCAGACAACUGGGUCCCUGAGCCGGAUGAUCAGAAGUUCGAGAUUAGCGGAAGAUUCUUUCUCAGUGGUCUUGGUUAUCAAUGGGCUAGGCAAGGAAAUUGGAGAGCAUCAGUCUGCCCUCCCAGGCAUGACAUCGAAGAUGUAAAAGCCAUCAACAACUUUCACAUGUCGGAAGGCCCCGGGGUGCCUUGUUUGCCAUUUCAUCCCACGUGCCUCGAGGUAUUCAAACGCGUAUCCACUCAGCGAUCCGGAGCGAUCGACUAUGAAGGGUUGUUUGCUUGGUGGUUUAUAGCGUCAGGAGAGGUUUACGACAACUUCCCAAGAGAUCCGGCCGCCAUUCGUGCACGAUCCUACCAAGACAAACCUGGCGACGAAUUCGUGGUAGCAAAUCCGUGCUUCAUGACCAAACUGGCAUCAAUUGUGGCCUCAUCAGACCGUUCUGACGAACCAAGCUUUGGCCACAACACUACAGUGUUUCGUGCAGCGCGGAAGGCUGCCGGCGACAUGUUCGCCAGUCUACCACGCGAGCUGUUGCUUAUCAUCCUGGAUCCACUUGGGUCAAAAGACAUUGCGAAUCUACGCCUAGCAUCACGUUCCUUUCACCAGCUUCCGCAGUCAGUGUUUCGCACCCUGACUCUGCGAGAGCUGCCCUGGCUCUGGGAGGCAUGGUCAUCCAUGGAAUACUCAAAAUGGGCCUACCACAAACCGUCAGAGCUGCUUCCAACUUACGAAAGAAGAGAGAUCCGCGACGAAUUCCUAAGUCGAGCCGAGACUGUACUUGCAGAGGAGGCACGCGCUGUGCAAGACCCGGAACCGUAUCAUGCCGCCAUCUCUGCCCUCCGAGAAGAGAAUGCUAAAGAAGAAGAGGCGCUCAAAAAUUACCCUGAGAGUCCUGCGCCCUUACAAUUGCACGAAAAGACGGACUGGUACCAUUUGCGCUGUGAACUUGCUCGCAAUCACUCCACCCUGCUCGGGUUGCGUAACCGACGGCGGAUCUGGAAGGACUGCGAGGAGAUUCUCAAUCAAAUUGAUGGGCAUCGUGCGGACGCAGAACGAUACCGUCAAGAGGUAGAGGACGGAGCCCACCCGGAUGACUUUCUAAUGUCCGAUGAUGAGGAAGAUGGUAGCGAUGACGAUGAGGAAUGGUGA